CGGAAACAUGAGCAAUGAAUCCUAUAACGGUGCAAUGACGCAUUUUUUUUUUUAUUAUAUCCCCCUGUAUACACUGUACACAAUCAUCCAACACAACAGUACAGGAUGGGCAAUGUGAAAACAAGGCAUUCGCCACAUUAGUGAAACUGCUGGUAGAUCGCUCAACUCCGUCCUCAUAUCACAUCCGUAAUCUCGCUAUACAAUUAACGUUCAUCCCACCCAGAUGGAUAUUUGCGUAAUUACAUGUUGACGUCACGGUUGUCACUUGUUGGCUGUAAAUAUUAUUAUGUUAUCUAGUUUUAAAGGUGUAGAUUUAGACCAUGAUUCAAUCAAUGGGUCGUGAUACAAAGGGUGAUAGUAGCAGCAGUGAAGGUUUUACAAGGCAAGGUUCACUGAGAAGGGUAUUACCUUCUGGUCACAAUAAGGAGAACCUUUUUGGCAAACAAAAUGAAGAUCUCAAUAAAUUCUACAAGCAAUUUCAUCAGGAAUACGUCAUUCUUGCUGAAUAUAAAAUGGUGCAAAGUGAACAGAUUGGAGGAGUUUAUGUGAUACCAUCACAAGAAUCAUCACUUGUUUGGUUUGGUGUUUUGUUUGUACGUACUGGCCCCUAUGAAGAUGGAAUAUUCAGGUUUAAUAUUCACUUGGAUGAAGCAUUUCCAAACAGUGCACAUCCAAAAGUAAUCUUCCACUCUGAAGUGUUCCAUCCUGUUAUUGAUCCACAAUCAAACGAAGUCAAUUUACACGCUGGUUUUCCCAUUUGGCAAAAAUCUGAACAACAUAUUUGGCAGGUACUGAAAUACUUGCAGUGGAUGUUUGAUAAUGUCGAAGCAACCGCGUCACAUGCAGUCAAUCGCGAGGCUUGUGAUCUGCUCGUGAAAGAAGCCGAAUUCAAAGCAAGAUGCAAGCAGAGUGUGCAAUUAUCGCGUGAAAAAUUAUAUGAACGGCCGCCUACUGAUGAUAAGCACUAUAUUGUCUUCGAGGAGUAUACGCCGCACAUUCACGAUUCUGUAAGGGCAACCAUGUUGCAACCGUCUGCCCCAGUUGCUAGCGCCGGCCACUCCUGGGUGAAGGAGGGCACUUUCCGUCCACUAACUAAAGAGCCUUCUUCGAGCACUGAUCAGGAGUCCUGAUCGGCGUUUGUAUAGUGUAUUUUUGUAAUCGAAUUUAACGAACGCAACACAUGCCAAGCAUCGAAAACAACAGUAUCGCGCGUAACCGCAUCCUAUGUACAGAGUUUUUGACUAUUUACUUAAAAAAGAAACCAUUACAGUAAUGAAACAUUUUUAAUAUAUUCACAUAUUGUAUGAUUGUUAUUUAUACGACGUAUAAUUACGACGUCGCAGCAAUAAAUCGUUAACUUAUUCUUUUUUAA